UUCAGUUUUUGUAUGUUAACAAAUAUGUUUUCUGAACAGUUAUAUUCCUUUAGCAGAGUAAAUCAAUAAUUAUGUUGUUUUCUCAAAGUAGGCUCAUUUCACUUCAACUUACUUCUAUGUCUUUAUCUGGUUCACUAUCAUCUGAUCUUCAGUUUUGUAGUUCACUUCAAUCACUUUAUCUUUCUAGGAACUCACUUUCAGGUUCACUACCUAUUAAAAUUUGUUCUUGGUUACCUUAUGUAGUUAAUCUUGAUCUUUCUGGUAACUCUUUUACUGGUUCUAUACCACCUGAGUUUAUUAACUGCAAAUUCUUGAACACCCUUUUGCUAAAUGACAACAAACUUGCUGGAUCAAUACCAUUUGAGAUUGGCAGGUUGGGCCGGUUAAAACGGUUCGGUGUGUCAAAUAAUGGUCUUUUUGGUUCAAUUCCUGAUGAUUUAGACCGGUUCUUGAAAGAUUAUUUUGAAGGGAAUAAUGGACUUUGUGGGACCCCACUUGGAAAUAAAUGUAGUAAGUUGAGUAAUAAGAGUCUUGUUAUUAUUAUAGCUGCUGGUGUUGUUGGUGCUUUAGGAUCUUUAAUUCUUGGAUUUGAGAUUUGGAGAUGGUUUUUGGUUCAGCCAAACAAGGAAGAUAGAGAGCUUGGUGAUGGUAAAGGUAGUAGUAAUAAUAGUAGUGAUUGGGUUGAAAAGUUGAGAGCUAUUAAGCUUGUUCAGGUUACAUUGUUUCAAAAACCUAUUAACAAGAUUAAGCUUAACGAGUUAUUAGCGGCUCCUAAUUCUUUUAAUAGUGGAAAUAUUGUAAUUUCAACUAGGAAUGGUGUUUCUUAUAGAGCUAUGUUGCCUGAUGGAUCGGCAUUAGCUAUUAAAAGGCUGAAUAGUUGUAAGAAGCAAAAACAGUUUUUGUCCGAGAUGAAUCAGUUGGGGCUAAGAGAGCACCUGAAUUUAGUGCCUUUAUUAGGUUUUUGUAUAGUUGAUAUUCAAAGGCUUUUGGUGUAUAAGCAUAUGUAGAAUGGAAGUUUGUAUUCCCUUUUACAUGGUAAUCUUAGUACUGGUGUUAGGAAUUGUGAUUUCGAGCUCGUUUGGCCAGCAAGGCUUAGGAUUGCUACUGGUGCAGCUAGAGGACUUUGA